AUGUCCUUGACGAAGUGUGCUUCAAAACUUGAAAUUGAUCGGUUGAUUAGUUUGAACUUCCGAAUCAAUCAAAUAAUAGUUUUGAUUCCCGUAUUCAUUACUUUCAUUUUUACCUACUAUGCUAUUAAAGUCGUCCAGAAAAAGUCGAUAUUUGAACUUUCGACAAAGUUCUUAUUAAUUCAAAACUUUUUUUCUGCAAAUUUACAUCAAGUUCUCUACGCAAUCGAAACAAUUCGAAGAUUACACAUAUCGCUUUUUGAAACGAAUCAACCCUGCAUUCCCUUGAAGACAGAAUUCGAAUGUCGAUUAUAUUUGGAAGUAUUUGUUUCUGGAGUUGCUGGAAUGGUAUACGGACAGACAGGAUUACUUUUGGAACGAGCUUGUGCAACUUUCAUAAAGAACUAUGAGGAAAAAAAGAGCGUUCGUACGGGGCUCGCUAUAUCUGUAUCGGUAUUGUGUUUGAGCUUCAUAACCUCGAGAUUAAUUAUCUGGGAUGAUCCUUUGGAUGGUUAUCAACUCACUUGUAUUUCAUUCCCAAGUGAUAGUGUCGAUAGAUCAUCUUAUUUUCAAAGUAUUUGUACUCUACUAGCUUUAUUCAAUUUAGUAACUUCUAUUCUGAUAUGGAAGUACAAUAAGAAAUUUGAAUACUCAACUCCAUUUGUCGUUGGCCCAAGAUUCCGUAAACGUGAAGUAAUCGAUUCAACUAGUACAAUCUGCUUCCUUACUUUUGUUCAAUUCAUAUUUUUCUUGGUAUAUUCGUUAGGAUUUUUUAUCAUAAAAUCUAUUCGAGAAAUUAUCUCAUAUGAGAAUUACUACUUAGUUGCAGUUUGGCUUUAUACUCCUCCGUACAUUGCUGCAUCUUUUCCAAUUCUAAUUUUCUAUCGGAUUCGGUCAUCGUAUGCCAACCGCGUACUCAUCAUUAAAAAAUUUACAAACACCAAGCAAACUAUAGAGGAACAUAUUCAACAAAUGAAAAACGCUUGGAAAUGACUACGAAUGCAAAAUUAAUGUUUAUAUUUUUAAAAUAAAAUUUUGAAAAGUUCAAGUGA